UUAAGCAGUAUAAACUACAAACUUGAAGCUAUCUGUUUUCUUGAAGACUUUAUGCUAAAAUUGUAAUGAAAUUUAAGCUACAUUAAUAAAAGGAGAGAAAAUGGUGAAAAAGGAGGGAAAUGAAGGAAUAGAAGGGAAGACAAUAGUAGUGACUGGUGGUUUGGGGUUCUUGGGUGCAUCUCUUUGCUUAAAGCUAGUUCAAAAAGGCGCUUUCGAGGUUCGAUCCCUUGACGUUCGUAUAUCUUCACCAUGGUCUUCUCUACUCUCUCAAGCUGGUGUUGUUUCUAUUCUUGGGGACAUUACUUGCAAAAAGGAAGUCGAAAAGGCUCUACAAGGGGCAGAUUGUGUCUUUCAUAUCGCUUCUUAUGGUAUGUCAGGCAAAGAAAUGCUUCGGACUGCUCAAAUUAAUAAGGUUAAUAUUGAUGGUACUCGGAUUAUACUAGAUGUCUGUCUGAAAUUUGGGAUCAAGAGGCUUGUCUAUCUGAGUACUUGCAAUGUUGUGUUUGGAGGAAAGGAGAUUGUGAACGGAGAUGAAAACCUGCCUUAUCUGCCUCUAGGUGACUACUGCGAUCCAUAUAGUCGUAGUAAAGCUAUUGCCGAACAGCUAGUCCUCAAGUACAAUGGCCGUCCAUUCAGGGACAAUGGCGGAAAUUUUUACUCCUGUGCAGUUCGCCCUGCUUCUAUCUAUGGCCCAGGUGAAGACAACAUUUUCCCAAGGAUAGUGAAUUGUGCAAAAUUAGGUAUGCUGCUAUUUAAAAUUGGAAAUGCAAGUGUGAAAACAGACUGGGUCUAUGUAGAUAAUCUUGUAAGUGGUCUUCUGUUGGCAAGUAUUGGGCUUUUAGACGAGGUUUCUGGGAGAGAGAGGCACCCUAUCGCGGCUGGACAGUCUUAUGUCAUCUCAGAUGGGUCCCCAUCUAAUACUUUUGAGUUCAUUCGACCUCUGUUAGAAAGCCUGGAGUAUGGCGUGCCAAACGCCUCAUUGACUGUACCUUCUGCUCUUGUGUUCGGAAAGAUAUGUCAGGUUUUCUAUACCAUUCUAUAUCCAUUGCUCAGCAUCUCAUGGCUUCCUCAGCCACUAAUCCUUCCUGCUGAAGUGUACCAGAUUGGUGUAUCACAUUACUUCUCAUUGCAAAAAGCUGAGGAGGAGUUGGGAUAUUUUCCCGUUGUGAGUCCACAGGAAGGCAUGGAGACCAUGAUUUCGUAUUGGAGAGAAAGAAAGAGGCGAAAUAUAGAUAGUCCCAAGUUAUAUGCAUGGCUUUUUUGUGUGUUUGGGUUGUCUGGUCUUUUUAUAGUCAACUUCUUACCAGAUAUCGGUCCUGUGACGCUUCUCAGAGCCAUUGCUCUUCUCAUCUUCAGAUCAAUGAGGAAAAUCCGGAUAGUAUCGUGCAUUGUGGCAACUGCACAUAUAUCUGAGGCCAUUUUUGCAUGGUUCCUAGCGAAAAAGGUUGACCCUGCGAAUGCAAGAGGCUGGUUUUGGCAGACACUGCUUCUUGCAACAUUCUCAUUGCGUCUUCUGUUGGCUAGGGCAGGACCUUUAAGCUAGGGUGUGACCUCUUUGUAAAGAUUGUUUUACUUUAAAUUUGUUGCACUUAUAUACAGAUUACUUUUCCUACAGUCGAAAACAGAUUCAGAGAAAACAUAUUUUAGGAUUACUGACAAGGUUGCUAACAUAUUUUCUG